AUGUCUGACUUAUUUCAUACCUACGAAAGUGAUAUCCAGUUGGCUUUACAGGAAGCAAAAUCGAAUUUAACUCAGAUUUCAGGAGGUGGCGAUCGAAAAUCGCUUUUGAAGGCGGUAGAAGAUGCGACUGAUGAGGGUUUAGAGAUAUUAGAUCAAAUGAGUAUAGAGGUCCAAAACUUACCUAGCAGUGAGAGGUCGUCAUAUAAUACUAAGAUACGCCAGUACAAAUCGCAAAUUGAUGAGUAUAAGAGACAGCUCAAAGACUACCUUGAUGACCAAGAUAGAUACGAAUUGUUUGGCAGUAGAUACUCUGACAAUGAUGCCGGUGGAGAUAGUCUUCAUGAUCUGCAACGAAGACAAUUAUUGAAUAACAAUUCAUCGUUAGAAAGAACUUCGGAUAGAUUGAAAGACAGUCAAAGAGUAGCUCUAGAGACUGAAAGAAUUGGAGGAAAUAUACUUAAUGAUUUGAGAUCUCAAGGCGAACAGAUAUCGGGCUCUAGAAACGUUCUCAUGGCUGCAGAUGGCUAUGUGGAUAAGUCAAUAAAAACAUUGAAAUCUAUGAGUAGACGGAUGACGGCUAACAAGUUCAUAAGUUAUGCAAUCAUAGCUGUGUUGAUACUACUCAUUUUUUUGGUGCUUGCUAGUAAGUUUUGGUGA